CAUCGAUUCGCUGGAGGCGGAGUUUUGGUGCUCUGCGCAAGCCGUGCCCGCGCCAGUGCCCUGAGGGGCGGCAAGAGCUACGGUCUUGGGGCCGCGGGGGGAGCGAGGAGGGCGAUUUUUCAAUGAGCCUCUCGCAGGUGCUGCGACUCUGCCCAUGAAACCCGCGGGCCCGUUCCGCGCACGCGCGGCCGUGGGGGGUAGAGGGGAACGGUGCCGUAAAGCGCGGACGAUGUCGGGGCGGGCGGGCGCCUCGGCGCCGCCGGCGUUCGAGAAGCGAGUCCUGGUGACGGGCGGCGCCGGCUUCAUUGCUUCACAUGUAGUGGUCUCUCUCGUGAAAAACUAUCCAAAUUAUCUGAUUAUAAAUUUAGAUAAGCUCGACUACUGUGCAAGCUUGAAGAAUCUUGAAACUGUCUCUGGGAAGGAAAACUACAAGUUUAUCCAGGGGGAUAUUUGUGUGCCUGAUUUUAUAAAACACCUCUUUGAAACUGAGAAAAUAGAUAUAGUCCUUCAUUUUGCAGCCCAAACACAUGUAGAUCUUUCAUUUUGGCAUGCCCUGGAAUUCACCUACGUGAACGUUUAUGGCACUAAUGUGCUGGUUGCUGCUGCACAUGAAGCUAAUGUGGAGAAGUUUGUCUAUGUUAGUACAGAUGAAGUAUAUGGAGGUAGCACUGAUGGGGAAUUCGAUGAAUCUUCACCAAAACGUCCAACAAAUCCCUAUGCCUCUUCUAAAGCAGCUGCAGAGUGUUUUGUUCAGUCUUAUUGGGAAAGGUACCAAUUUCCAGCUGUUAUCACACGAAGCAGUAAUGUUUAUGGACCACAUCAGUAUCCAGAAAAAGUUAUUCCAAAGUUUAUAUCUUUGUUGCAACAGAACAGAAAAUGCUGUAUUCAUGGUUCUGGACUUCAAAGAAGGAAUUUCCUUUAUGCAACUGAUGUGGUAGAAGCAUUCCUUACUGUCCUGAAGGAGGGGAAGCCAGGUGAAAUUUAUAACAUUGGAACAAACUUUGAGAUGUCCAUUGCCCAGCUUGCUAAGGAGCUAAUCCAUUUAAUAAAGAAGACCAGUUCAGAAUCUGAAAUGGAGCACUGGAUGGAUUAUGUCAAAGACAGGCCUACAAAUGAUCUGAGAUAUCCAAUGAAUUCAGAAAAGAUGCACAACUUAGGAUGGAGACCUAAAGUGCCUUGGAAAGAAGGAAUAAAGAAAACAAUUGAAUGGUACAAAGAAAACUUUCACAACUGGAAAAACUCGGAGAAAGCUUUGGAGCCUUUUCCUGUGACAGAACCAUUUGCACAACUCGGUGGUCCGUAGGGUGGUGCAGAACCUGAAGGAGUUUUUUCUACCUCAUGCGAUCUUUUCUUCAAAGCCUGCAAUCAAGUGGCUGCACUGGAGUCCGAAUGUUUUCAAGAUACAUGUGAUGAGUACAGAGCUACAGUGUGGCACAACUUUGGAACGGUUUCAGCUUUUGGUGCAAUACUUUAUUCUCACUAGGUAUUGAUUUUAAAGACCUGCACAGAGUGAAGCAUAUUUAUAAUGCUAUGAAGUAGUGUAACUGAAGUAAAAUCUGCCUUAUUAGCUAAGAAUAAUUAAUUGCAAUUAUAGCUUUGGGACUUUCAGUUAGAUUUGUUUUAGUUGUGAAAUCAUUCGUCUGUAUUAGUUCGUUUUUACAGUGUAAUAUAUUAUUUUUGUCACUUCAAAGAGUUAGGUUUUAUUUUUAAUCAAGAGGAGAAAUGUUAUAUUUUUUUGCGAGUCGAAAUGAGUUGAUAAAAGCUAGACAUGGCACCUGUAUUGUUCUGUCCAUUUCUCUUGGUGCAAUAUUAGCUUCUGUAGAUGGCUGAUUAAACUGUUACCUACUGCAUAACUUUAAAUACCCCUUUUUAAGGAGAGCAAGGGGGAAAGGUGUCAAGAAGUAGUAGGUGUUCUUGCUGAGAUUUCCAGAAGCAUUUUCUUAAACUUUGUCCUCUUUUUACUGUAUUACUGUCUUUUACAUGUUAAUUUCCUUUUCUUAAAUGUAAUUGUAACAAACUUGAAAUACUGGAACACAGUUAACAUUCCAGUGAUAUUAUGUCCUGUAAUAUGAAGGCUAUUUAUAGAGAAAAUGUUUUUAAAUACUUCUUUUUCUGUGAAUUGUGGGUUGGCAGACCUUAUUCAAUGCAGUGUUUCACAAUUUUUUUUUCUGUAACAUUUUAAAGAUAAAACAAUAUUUGAAUUUUAAUGUAAAAUUUGGAAAAAAGCUUCAGUUCUAGAAAUAUGUCAGUGAAUCUUUUUCUAAGUUGAUUCAGUAAUAAAAGUCAUGAUGUAACUGGUUUCUCUUAAUUAAGAAAAGCAUACUGAAAA